GGUUUUGAAGACUGAGAGGAACUUCGCGAAACGAUUAAGUAAGUACCGAGGCUUGCCUCGGCCAGGCUCGGUGCUUAAGUAAGCUUCCGGAGCCCCCCGAAACGACAUUGUCAACCGCAGGAUUUCUUGUCUUUACCGUCAAGAAUGUUUUCCCGAGCCAUAUCUGCAGCUCGUCCUGCAGCGACCCGCGCCUUGCGCUCAAAUUCCAAACCUUUGAACCUACGUGCAUUCUCAGUAACGCCCCGUGCAUCCUCUGGUGGCCACGGCCCAGCUCCUCCUGGUCUCUUCGGUCCUGGUGCCAAGCCUGGUGAAGUUCCUGGUAUUGCUGAGCAGUCUACUGGUCUCGAGCGCUUGCAAUAUCUCGGUGAUGCCGAGGGCAUCGAGGUCUUCGACACCGCUCCUUUGGAUUCUAGCCGGAUUGGCACUAAAAAGGACCCCAUCCUCGUCCCCUCUCCCGCUCCUGAGCGCCUUGUUGGCUGCACCGGCUCUCCUGCCGACUCCCAUGAUGUCCUCUGGUUCCCUCUCAUGAAGGGCAGGCAGCACCGUUGCCUCGAGUGUGGUUCUGUCUAUCAGAUGGACUUCUAUGGAGAAGAGCACGACGAUCACCAUCAUUAACCUCGUAGAUGCAGAAAACUCGCAAUACAACAGUCAUUUCCUUAAAGUCUCGAGCAUUGUCACACUGAACUUGCAUUAUAAAACGUCUCCAUGUCGUCGAAUUUGUGCUUGACGUGGAACCUCUACGUCGGAUAGUCAACUUUCUCAACAUUGUCCAGAUUUUAUACCCCAAAAGUGGGUUUGAGGCACGCCAGCUAUAUCCGGAACUGAAGUUCGCCCAGCGCAGGUCGUAACGCCGACACUUUCAAAUCUUUAGAACGGUAUGAUGGUCAAUGGAGUACGGAAUGCUUGAUAAGUGAUACGCUCACCAUUACAGUCGUGACAGUGAAAGGUCCUGUGAGCCUACAUUGUCAUUGAAUACGCUUUUGAUAAUAUUAUCUCAAAAAUUUUUCAUGAGUUC